UACCUGUGUGUGUCAUUUACACACUUGUCGACUUCGAAUUCGAAACCCAUGGUGGGGGCAAUGAGCUCCAUUCAACCAUGUCGCUGGCUGCUCUCCAAUGGUUGGUUGGCGACCGCAACAUGUUGGCAAGCGAACAAAACACAACAUUGAGGGGGCAAUUGUGUGCAGAAGGGGGCGGUGGCAAAGUUUUAUGACAACAGAGAGCGCAUGCAGCCGCUUCUAGCGUGGAGAGGUGUUCAUGCCGCUUUUUGGCGCUUUGGUCUAUGUCAAUGCAAUAUUGCGCAACAUUUUACGAAUUGCAACAUGUUGCCGAAACAUUGAAAUCAAUAUUGGUGUGGAAUUGUGUUAAGCUGAAACCGAAAAAUAUAGGAAGGUGAAAAUGAUUCUCGUUUACUAACGCUGCUGAAGGCAUUCAAAGCCGGCCGAGAGCCUUGUGAGAAAAUACCAUAUUGCUAACAAAGAGUCUACUUAAAUUAUGAUUUAAGUUAAGGUUUUAUAAGAUCCGAAAUGAAAUCAGUUCCCACGUCGUGUUGUAUGUUCCUUAGUACCAAAUCCACUACCUGAGUUAGUGCUAUGGAGUUUCAUUGCUCUAAAGUUAGUUGGCGAUGAACUCGUUUGUACAAGAAACUAUAAAACAGGCGAUAGGAAUGGUGUACAUAAAUCCAAGACUCUUUCCACGAAAAUUAAGUGUUCUCUUUUACGUUUUUAAGGGUUAAACUGUUAACAUUCUGCAACUUGUUGCAUUUAAAACUUGCGCUACCAUGCUAACAACGUAUCCUAGCAACGCGCAAAAAGGAUGUGUGGUAAACAAACAUUUUUCAAGCCACAACAAACCAGUAAGAGCUCUGAAGUGAAUGGUUGAAGAAUUUUGCGAAAACUUGCGAGUUUAAUUGGAAAUAAGAGGAAAACAAUGUCGUUCAAGGAUGUGCGCGACCUCGCUGAGCACCUCAAACUACUUGGCUAUCCGCAUGCAUUCCCACUACAGGCACUCGCCAAUAAUUUCGGAAGCCUCGCCUCAUUCCAUGUGGUCGCCGAGGUGUUGCAAUGGUUCGCGAGUCUGCUUGAGCCCGGUGCUGUGCUCGCUGGAAGCGUGGAUACCGAAAACGACCGCGUGCUGCUCAUACGCUCCGCUACUGAGUUUUUCGUAACCAAAUCAGCCAUCAAGCUGAAUCCGCGCAAACUGUAUGCCUCCACCGCAGUUACUGCGGCAGAGCUGCAGAAAAUCACGCGUCUGCUGAUAGCCCCACGUCAGUCGGCGGAGGACAAGGAUGAGGAGGAGAACUACCGCAGUCUCAAUCAGGUCGAUAUCGGCGAUAAAAUGGAUGAUCUGCGGCGCGCACGCGAACUCUCUGCGGACUUAACGCAACGCGGUGCAACGCUACAAGACCUGCUCGCCAAAGAGAUGCUGCAUAGAGAAGCACGCCUGGCACAGGCCAAUCGUCCGAUGGAAUUGUCUUCGGCUGAGCGCACGCUGAAGAAUGCCAUUGCAGCCGCACAGCUGAAACUACAAUCCAGCCGCGCACAGCUGGAGAAUGCACGCGUGGAAAUGAAUGCGCUCUCUUCGAAGCUGCAACGCAAACGCGCCGAGCUGGAACGCACUAAACAGCGCUUAGAAGCAUUGCAGAAAAUACGACCCGCGCACAUGCAGGAGUUCGAGGAAUGUGAGAAGGAGCUGCAGGCAUUGUUCCAAAAAUACUUCUUGCGUCUGCAUGUGCGCGAUGCCUUGCGUGCACAGUACGAGGCACGCACCAAGCGUAGCACCCCGGUGGCCUCGCCGCUACUUCAGAAACCGCAAGAAUCAUCAAUGCCCUUUAUACCAGAGGGUUUGAUAGAGGACGAUGAUGAUAAUAACGGCGAAGAGGAGCUUGAUGGCAGCGGCGUGCUGCGCCGCGCCAAUUUUGGACUUGAUGCUGAGAUUCCGGACAUCCGCGAUGAGGAUAUGAUGUUGCGCAACAGAAAAUCUUAUAACGAGUUUAUGGAUGAGACGACGCGCCGCAUGAGCAAGCGACCGGGGACGGCGACUUCCCGAAAUGGUCGCCCGAUAACAGGACGUGCGCGACGGCCAACAGGCGUCAAUCAGGGUGAUCGCGCCAUAAUUGAUGAUGGAGGCUCGGCUGACGUAGGUCCGUUGGGGAACACGCUAAGUAAUCGUGCCGCUUUGGGCGGUGAGGAUGACGAUGAUGAGAGCUCAUUCGGAAGUUCUGAUAGUGAGUUGGGCAUGGGUGAUCUACUCAACAUGGGGCGAGGACCGCCCCCAAGCGGUCUUUUGAGCAACCUCAAUGCUGAGUUGGGGAACUUUGUCGACGAUGAUUUUGAUCUCAAUUCGAUGGACGAUAUAAGCAUCUCGAAGAUCACCGGUGAGCUACCAAUGCGUCCAAAGACGGCAAGCAAGCCCGAACACCACAGUGACGAGGACUUCUAGAAUGCAAC